UUGCCAUCUUCAACGCACUCUACACUCCCCAGACCAAUGCAGUAGACCACUCAAUUUGCCCCAAUUCCAUUGUCCUGCACGCUACCACAUUAGCCCCGUCAUUGAACAGCCUACACUACCUUUUACAUUACGGGAUAUUGGCCGCCCAACAUGGCGUCUCGCCCUCGUCGCGCCGCUGCCCAGCGGGCAAACAAGACAAUCACUGACAUGGUCGAUAGCGACAACCACAUUAGUAGUCGGACUGGGAAGAUCAUGUCAUCAAGAGCUUCGCGCCGAUCUGAGGUUAAGCUUCCGGCAAGCAAGCUCCGCCAAGCCACAUCUAGCCAACCUGCUCAGUCAGCCCGCCAAGCUGCACGUGAUAGUUUCUCGGGUGGUGAAAUCAUCCAGGGUAAGAGGAAUCGAUCUCAGAAGAAGAGUUAUGUCGUUGAAACUAGUGAUGACGAGGAGGAGGAGGAUGACGAUGAGGAUGCCGAGGGAGAGGACGACGAUAUGAUGGACGAUGAUGAGGAGGAUGCCGAGGGCGAGAUUGUUGUUGACGACACCAUGGACAUCGACGCAGAAGCGGAGGAUGACGAAGAUGGCGAAGAAGACGCUGAAGGUGAAGACGACGACAUGGACAUGAGCGUCAUCCCACCCCCGGCUCCCGUCAUCAAAGUAUCCAAGCCACCCUCUAAGAGACCUAAUAAUAAUAAGUCUCGGGCGACAAAGCCCACCACCUCGAAGGCUAUGGCUUCUCAUACUAAGGACAGUGACGACGAGGAACUCAGUGAGCUAGAGAGCGAUGCUGAUGAAAUUCAAGACACUGUCAAAGUGGGUGGUGGUGACGAGGAGGAUGCUGAAGGCGAAGAUGAGGAGAUCGAGGAGGCAGAGCCUGCAGAGGAUGACCUCGGUAGUGAUGACGAUGGUAGUGAAGAAGAGGCUCCUGAUCUGACGAAGAUGACAAAACGACAACGCGCUCGCUUCGAAGAGAAUGGUGAUGCCCUUAUGAAGCUCUCUGAUGAGGUACAAGCCAAAAAACACUUCACCGCCGAAGAGCUGUCCAUGAGGCGCGCCGAAAUGGCCCGUCGUCGACGAAACCUCAGCGAGAAGCGCAAUGAGGAAGUCAAGAUGGAAACUAUCAAUAAGUUGCUGAAGAAGCAAGCACCAAAAACCAACCGCAAGGCCCAGGCCGGAAUGGAAUCGACGCCAGACAUAGAAGCUCAGAAGCCAAAUCCCAUCUUUGUGAGAUGGGUGAGCAGUAAGGAUGGAAGUCGUGUUUCCGUUCCCGAUGAGAUGCUGGCCGGCCCCGCGGGCAAAGUUUUCGUUAAAGAGGAAAUGAAACCUCGUUCAUAGCACUACUAUAUUUUUAAGAGGACCCAAAUAUUGGUCUUAUGGUUGAGCCGUUAGGUCUGGGGAGGGUAUUAAGUACACUAGAAGGCGUC